GCGUGCUGUUGAUUACAGUUCUCAUUGUAACAACCCACAGAGAGAUGGAAUAAUUAUGCCACCCACCAAAAAUGGAUCAUGUGCAAAAUGUUUCCCGGAGAACUUUGGAAAGGUGACAUGGUCUGUGAAUCAGCUCUAUCUUUUCUGUAUUAAAAAAUGCACAGGGUUGAAAGCUGAGAUAUUGAAAAUCAAUGUAAAUAUUUACAAACAAAAUUAAGAGAAUACAAAUGUGUGCAGAAGACGUUCUCAUGUAUCUUUGGCUUGAGAAUGAUCCCAUGUCAAGGCUUAUUGAUUCUUCUGUUUCUUGAAGCUGCCUUUGCAAGCCACUGUCCACACCACUGUACAUGCUCUCCACCAGGAAACAGCCCACUGAAACUGAACUGUAGCUUCAUGGGAAUGAUGGUGCUUCCACUUUUGCCAAGUCAAACAGAAGAGUUGUAUCUCCAGGGCAAUAAGCUAGCCACAAUACCCGCAGGAGCAUUUGACCAUCUUCAGGUGUUGAAGAUCAUCAAUCUAUCUAGGAAUCCAUGGCAUUGUGACUGUGGGAUUUUGUAUCUGAAAAACUGGUUGGAAGACCAAGAGGGAAGCUUAGCUUCUAAACAAGUUAGGUGUUUUUCUCCUCCUGCACUUCGCAAAAAAAUGCUAUCUGAGCUCAAGAGGAACGAACUGCAGUUUUGUUUCACUUCCCGUACACUUUGUUCAGAUUUCUUGUUCAAUGAUGCAUUCAUCUUCUUUUUUAUUCUUAUUCUUUUUAUUAUCAACUGUUUCUUGAUAACAAAAAGGACUAAGUUUAAAGUGGAUAUUUAUGACAAGAAUUUAUGACCAAAAAACCCUCCCAGGCCCAGGAACACUGCCUGCUAUUUCUGAUCAACUGAAAAGAAGAACAGGGAAAAGACUACUGAGCCAUUCAUCAUUGCUUCUGACUGCUGUGCAUUAGGUUGCAGAACAAAGAGAAAGGUCAAACAAAUUAUUUCUGUUUAUCAUUAAAAGUCAAACGGUCAAUUGAAAAGCAUGACUAUUUAGAUUAUUCAUUUUAAAGAACAGAAACUAAUUAAGAAUAUCUACACUGAACAAAAACUAUAAUUUGCAGCUUCUAAGGUAAAAUUCAAACCAAAGAAUUAGUGUCUCAUUUUAAACACACUUUUGAUUUUCAUAACAUGUUGGAAAUCAUCUGAUGAAAGCUCCUCCCAUAUUUUUGUACUAUAAUUCAAGUCAAAGAUCAGGUGGCCACUUAUGGCAUUUGAUUAAUAAAUCAAUAUACUGAAUUAUCUGUUGACCUGGAUUAUGUCCUGGUUGUGGUUAUUUUAAUUUAAUCCAUAAACAGUUUUUGGCAGGCAGAGUCCAGAUGCUCCAGAUGCUGAUUAGUAUAUGCCACAAUUAGAAAUUAUUUAAAGACUUUCUAUUUACAUUUUCUAUUUCUAUUUACAUGCAGUGAGUAGUAUAUGUGGAGCUCCCUUUGUAUGUGUACCUGUCUAUGUUUGCUGCUGUUUUUGUUGUUAUUAAUAUAUCUAUCAACAACACAACAAGCAGUUAGCAGCAGAUGUGAUUUGUUGCUGAGAUUGCAUGGGAAACUUAUUAUCAAGUUCAAAGAAAUGUGUGUUGGUUUAUAGUAAUUGUUUUUUUCUGAAUUCAAUUCAAGAUAAUUGUACUGACCUCAAAGAUCCUAGUUUGAGAAAAUACACUCUAAAGUUAACACUUUGUGCCAACCUACUUAUAGAUUAUAUGUCUUCCAGAUGACCCACAGAUAGAAGAUGUUUGCAAUCAGGCAAAGAACAUUUCAGGAUUGUGCACCCUAUUCCUUUCCCAGGAAUACUUACUUGGUGUUUAUCUUGCAAUACAUGGAAGUAUUUCAUUAAUAUCUUUGUAUUCUGGAUUUUUAAAAAUGUGCAAAUUCCUGUUUACAGAUGCUUAUUGUUCUCUAAUAUUUCUGCAGCAACUUAUUGUUUUAAACUGUCUUUAACCAUCUGAAGGAGGAGGCAAGGGCAAACCAUUUGUUACCAAGAAAACUGUGGGGAUUUAUCCAGGCGUUUGCCAGGAGUCAACACUGCU